UCGGCUGAAGAUGAGUUGGAGUUGGAAACGUUCCUGCAAAGGCGACAAAUACCAGACAAUGUACUACAUAAGUUAAAAAACGAUAAGAUCGACGUACAUGUUAUAACUUUAAUGUCAGAUGAAGAGCUGGAACAGUACAUCAACACAUAUGGAGACCGAGUUGCUCUUCGUGCAUUUUGUCGGCAAAGAACUCUAACAAACAGUAGUGAGUCCGUGAAGUCAGCCCUGAUGGACAGGGUUCGAGGGAAAAUAGAAGGAAGAACCUCCAUCAACAUCGACACAGCUCGUAGACCCAUCGGCAACAGAUACGCAGAAAAAGACACUCGGCGGGUAGAAAUUGGAUGGCUUCACGUUCUGAAGGGUGAGUGUCACCAGGUCCGAACCAAAGGUGGCGGUGGAACACGGCACUUGUCUGUGGAGAAAACAGUAACCGUGGCUGAGCUGCCAGAGAUAGGCAAAGACUUAUUCUUCCCAGACGGACACUCUGCCAAAGGACCCAUUGGGAAGUUCGAGUUUGACCUUCGUGAUUUCAGCCAGAAGUCACUUCCUCUCGAUUGUACCGUAAACCAGCUGUAUGAAAAGACCAAGUUGAGAAUGCUUCGCGUUUAUACGUGCUCCAGGGAUAAAGACAGCUCAAUCGUGCUCUCGGAUGCAUCCUCAGACGAUGAGAGGCCAGUGAAGACAGGGGAACCAACCAGGCAAUCAACAACAGACCAGUGCAGUCAUGAGGUGGAUUCCCCACUUGCCCUUGCCAUCAAUGUGUCUCUUGAAGACUUUGAAGCACAGUUUGGAAGUAUUUCUGCUGAUAUUGGUGAAGACUCCACCCUUCUUUGGAAUCCUUGUGACCUCAACAAUAUCCAGCAUUCUUCAUUGAACGAUGGACCUGCAUCAUCGAACAGUCUUACAGCAUCACCAGAUCAGUCUGAAAAAGAAGUCCUGUACGUGGAAUUAAGACGAGUAAACAUAGUUCAUGAUGUCCUUAAUGUCUUCAUGGAACCAAGAGUACUGAAUGUUAAUCUGAAAAUGGAGUUAAUAAAUGAGAAAGCUGUGGACAGUGAUGGUGUGUCAAGAGAGGUGUAUUCCGCCUUCUGGGAACACUUCUUGGAACAGUGUGAGGGGGAAGAAGAGAGAGUUCCCAGACUACGACCAGACUAUUCUGAGAAGGAAUGGAAAGCAGUUGGAAGAGUUUGGUUGAAAGGAUACUUGGACCACGGUAUCAUGCCUAUCAGACUGUCACCAGCUUUUGUUCUUGCAUGCUGCCAAGGAGUCAGCUCAGUGGAUGAAGAACUCUUGAUGACGUCCUUUGCCAGAUUCCUAUCAGUGACUGAGACACUUUGCAUUGAAAAAGCAAUGCAGGGCAACAUGGAUGAGAGUGAUGAGGAGGAAUUACUCGACCUCUUCUCAAGAAUGGGCGCACACUGCCUGCCCUGUAAAGAGAACCUAAGGGCUACCAUUCUAACAAUGGCACACAAAGGUCUUCUUCAAGAGCCGAAAUUUAUAAUUGAUUGUUUCCAGUCCAGUAUUCACACUGCUUUGCCAACUCCCAUAACCAAAGGCCGCCUAAUGGAACUCUAUGAGUCUAAGAGACCAACCAACAGGAAAGUGGCACAGAUGAUUAAACCGUCCAAUGAAACCUUAAAUACACAGGAACAGGCAGCCCUCAACCACCUACUACGAUAUGUCAGAAGCAUUGACCAAAAGAAGCUAGAAACCUUUUUGCGCUUCUGCACAGGGUCCACUGUGCUGUGCAAAGACAAAAUUGAGGUAACUUUUAAUAAAUUGUGUGGUUUAAGUCGCAGGCCUGUUGCACACACUUGUGGAGCUGUACUUGAAUUACCAUGUACCUACAGCACAUACCCUGAAUUUCGACAAGAAUUUGACUGUGUACUGUCUGGUGAUUGUUUCACAAUGGAUAUUGUGUAGACACAGUUACACUUGUCACCUUUCUAACAAUGAUACAUUUGUUCUCAUUCGCACAUAAAUGUUAUUCUAAAAAGUGAAUCUUAAAGGAGUUAAAACAUGAGAUGGCUGCUGACAAUCAAUGUUUGUUGUUGAGUUGUUGUAAUGGAUGUAAGAAAUGUCAAUGUUUGUUUUGUAAUGACACAGAAUUUGAUUGGUGAUUGAUUUGGUGAUGAAUUUGAUUGGUGAUUGUUCCACAAUGGAUAUUGUGUAAACACAGUUGAAUUUGCAGAUUUGCAUUUAGCAGUUAAAUACAGUACACACUGUUGCUGUUCAUGAACGUGUACAAUGAUUUUUAUUAAGAUAAAUGUUGCAUUUCACACGUUGACUUGUUUCACAUUUGAAUGGCAAAUACCAAUGGCUGUUUUUGUUGAAGCCUCACAUGGUAAACAUACUCAAAAUAUCCAAAA